UGUUGAAGGUCCAAAUAGGUCAAUAGCGUCAGCGUCAACAACCAUUGAAUAGAAUGGAUUCUUCAACCUGCAGCCAACCUUCCUGUCUGAAUCAUUCCGCUUUCCAAAAAAAAAUCAACAUUUGUACUCUCUUCUUCAACAGGGCUUCCAUUCCAACUCAAACUGCAACAAAUGCCUCACUACCAGAAGAAAACCUAUUUUAGCAAUUUCGUCUGCAAAUGAAGAAGGAAUCGAACCAUAUAUCAUAUUCUCAUAAUCAACCCAGAUCAACAAGUUCAAUUCACUUCCGCUUUGAAGAAAUCGAUAGCAAUGGAAUCUAUUCUUAUCAACUUCAUCAUACUUUUACUUAUAGUAACUACAUCAGAGGGGGCUCCUAGAAACGAAAUGAUCCAAUUAUCAUGCAAUAAUCAGAUAGAAAACAACCCAAUACUCUUCAGUUCAAACUUCAUCCAAACAGCCGAUAAGAUCGGGACCCAAGUACAAUCUUCUCUUCUCGGAACAGCAAAUUCAGGCACAGGACCCGAUGGUAAUUUCGGGCUUUCUCAAUGCUAUGGCGAUCUUUCUACAAGCGAUUGCAUCAUCUGUUAUGAUUCAGCCCAUUAUCUUGUCUCCCGUUGCUUUCCUUACACUGGAGCUAGGGUUUAUCUCGAUGGCUGUUUUAUGCGAUUCCAGAACUACAGUUUCUUCGAUGAGUAUUCUGGACCUAACGACACUGCUGUUUGUGGGAAUACCACAAGGAAUAGUAACCCGUUUCAAGAUUCAGUAAGACAAGCUGUUUUGAAAUCUGUGACUGAUGCGUUGACUAAUGUUGACUAUUUUGCAAGAGAAGUUACAGUUUCUGCAAAUGGAAAUGAAUCAGUUUAUGUAAUGGCACAAUGCUGGAAGACAUUGAAUUCAAGCUCUUGUAGGAGUUGUUUAGACACUGCAUCUAAUUUGAUGUUGCAGUGUUUACCAUGGUCUGAAGGGCGUGCAUUGAAUACAGGGUGUUUUAUGAGGUAUUCUGAUGUCAAUUUUCUCAAUCCUGUGGCAUCAAGAAGAAGCAAUAGAGGGAGGAUAAUAGCUAUUAUCACAGCUUCUGUUAGCUCCAUGUUGAUUCUUGUUGUUGCUUUGUUAAUUGGUUUAUAUAUAUGGAGAAGAAGAGUUAUAGAAAAGAAAAGAACAGGUUCAUAUGAUGCCAAAAAACUAGCAAAAAUUCUUACAGAUAGUAGCUUGAACUUUAAAUACUCCACUAUUGAAAAAGCCACAGGAAAUUGGAAUGAUUCUAAUAAACUUGGCCAAGGUGGCUUUGGAAUUGUCUACAAGGGUGUUCUUCCAGAUGGAAGAGAAAUAGCUGUGAAGAGGCUUUUCUUCAACAACAAAUUUAGAGCAGCAGAUUUUUAUAAUGAAGUUAACAUGAUUAGCAGUGUUGAACAUAAAAACCUUGUGAGGUUGUUAGGAUGCAGUUGUUCAGGACCCGAAAGUUUUCUUGUAUACGAGUUUCUACCCAACAUGAGCCUCGAUCACUUCAUUUUUGAUGCGAUAAAAGGGAAGGAACUAAAUUGGGAGAAGAGGUUUGAAAUUAUUAUUGGCACAACCGAAGGUCUAGUCUACCUUCAUGAAAAUACCAAGAUCCGAAUUAUUCACAGAGAUAUUAAAGCUGCUAAUAUUUUAUUGGACUCGAGGCUUCGUGCUAAAAUAGCUGAUUUUGGGUUAGCCAGAUCUUUUCAACAAGAUAUGACUCACAUCAGUACUGCUAUUGCUGGAACACUUGGAUAUAUGGCUCCGGAGUAUUUGGCGUUUGGUCAGUUAACCGAAAAGGCGGAUGUGUAUAGUUAUGGUGUGUUGUUGCUGGAGGUAGUUACUGGAAUGCAAAACAAUAGAAGCAAAGACUCAGAAGAUUCAGACAGUUUAGUAUCAAUUGCAUGGACACAUUUCCAACAAGGUACAGUGGAGGAAAUACUUGAUCCAAACCUAAUGUUUAAUAACACAUACCCAAAACACAGUUUCAAAAAGGAGGCUGUAAAAGUUGUACAUGUAGGACUCUUAUGCACACAAGAAGCUCCAUCAUUAAGACCUUCCAUAUCAAUGGCACUAAAAAUGCUUGUAAAAGAUGAUGAACCCUUACCUACCCCCUCUAAUCCCCCAUUUAUUGAUAGAAAUGAAUUUAAUGAACUUGAGGAGAAACUACAACGUUAUCAUGAUGAUGAUGAUUUAGGUUCGGUUGCUACUGUUUCCCAUAGUCGUUUCUUGCCAAGGUAAGACACUAUAGCUUUCAAAGAUAUCUUAUCAUGGUUAAAGAUUUAGGAGAAGAGAGGAGUCUAAGGGUAGCAUUGUGUGUACAAAGAAGAUAAAAAUGGAUAUGGAUUUAGAGGAAAUCGGAUCAAAAUGUGGGUAGUGAUUGUGUUAGAUAUCGGGUCAUGAGUUAUGAAUAUGUAUAUCUUGCAAAUUUUGAUCUUUGUAAAUUUAAAGACCGGUUCGUGUAUUUAUGUAAGAGCUGUCAAGCUAUCAUAUUAGUUUCA